AUGACCUCCGCCGACGGGCAGGCCGCGAGCGCCCGCGCGGGAGCGGAAGCCCCCAAGCCAGCCCCCCGCAUCCCGGGCGCCAAGAUGGCCUCCGACUCGGACAGCUUCAAGAAGUGGAAGGCGGUCGUGCCGCUCCUGUACGACUGGUUCGCUAACCACAACCUGACUUGGCCGUCGCUGACAUGCAGGUGGGGCCCGAAGCUGGACGAGCAGACCUACAAGCGGAAGUACCGCAUCUAUUUCUCAGAGCAGGUGGGUGCACCGCGCUCGGACGAGGUCCAUGACGUGGCCGGCCUGCAGAACCGGGAGGCCGGCAAGGACCGCGGGAUCGUGUUGUCCAUGGAGGGCGGCCCGCGCGUCCGUUGA